CUCUGAGGGGAAAGAAGGCGGCGGCGGCGGCGGCGGCGGCUCAAGGCGGCCAGAGGAGAGUGUGCAGAGGACUGAGGGCCCCAUGUGCUAGUGACUGCCUGCCAUGCUGGCCUGUCUGCCGGGACCAGGCGACCUCUCCUUCCAGCUGCUUUCUUACCCGCAGAUGAACGCUGGACUUCAGAAAUGGGACACUCCACAGAAAAUGAGAGCCGCACAGCAGCACCCUACUCCAGCAGAGUUGGACGCGUAUGCUAAGAAGGUGGCCAGCCAUCCUCUGACUAUCAAAAUUUUCCCCAACAGCGUCAAGGUCCCCCAGCGGAAACACAUCCGCCGCACCGUGAACGGGCUGGACACUUCCGGGCAGCGCUACAGCCCCUACCCGUCGCAGGCCGCCGUGAAGACAGGCCUCCUGGCCAUUGUCCGGUCCCCGCCAGCCAAAGGGAUCGUCAAGGACUUUGACGGGACCCGGACGCGCCUGCUGCCGGAAGCCAUGAUGAACCCCCCCUCCGCCCCCUACGCAGCACCCAGCACUUUAAGCCACCCGCAGGCGUUGGCCCGUCAGCAGGCUCUGCAGCACGCCCAGGGCUUGGCGCAGCAGCAGCAGCAGCACCCUCAGGGGAUCCCCACAGCCCUGCAGCAGCCCCAGCACCCGCAGAGCAUGGCCCACCCAGCCCUGCAGCCACCGCCACACCACGCCAACCACUUGCUCCAGCAGCAGCAGCCGCCGGCAGUGGGCCUGCAUGGGGGCCGGAAGAUGGCCGACGCCGACGCCCCACCGAAUGUGACUGUGUCUACCUCAACCAUCCCCCUCUCCAUGGCUGCCACGCUGCAGCAGAACCAGCCCCCGGAUCUGAGCAGCAUCGUCCACCAGAUUAACCAGUUCUGCCAGGCCCGCGCGGGCAUCAGCGCUACCUCAGUGUGCGAGGGACAAAUCGCCAACCCCAGCCCCAUCAGCCGCAACCUCCUGAUCAGCGCGAGCACCCGGGUGUCUGCCCACAACGUCCCCACGCCCCUGCCUUCCUGCGUGGUGGACCCCGGGGUCCCCCCCUCGGGCCCCGGGGCCAUGGGUGUCCCGCCGCUGGGGGGUGUCGUCGGCCGGGGGCCCCCCGCCUACCAAAGCGAAAUGAAGCAGGUGGCAGCCUGGAACCAGCACCAGCUUGCUCACCUGCAGCAGAUGUGCGGCGAGGCCGUCGGCCCUUCGGGCCUGAUGGGGAAGCCCCCCGGGCGGGAGCUGCCUGGGCAGGGCUUUGCCGGCAAGGCCCCUGGCUACGCCCUGGACCUCUGCAUGGGCCAGCCUUUCAACGUGAAGCCCCCGCUGGAGAAGCCCACCCCCUCGCCGCCGGUCAACAGCUUGCCGGGCCCCACCCCCUACACCAACGGGCACUACUUCCAGCCCCUGUGGAAUAACAUUCUGCCCACGCCCAACAGCGACAGCUCGGGCUCCCAGGACCUGGCAAUGCCUUUCCACGGCGGAGGUGGGGGGCAGCCCCUGGGGGCUGGCCUGGAGUGCACAGGCGGACCUCACUACAGGGCCGGGGCCAGCGGCCCGCCUACCCAGGGUGGCCUGAUGCAGACGAUGGAAUACCUGAGCGGGGACUUCCAGCACUCCUGUCUCCGGGAGCAGCAGGGCGGUGGGGGGGUGCUGAGCAAAGCCCCCCGCCCCGCCAUGAACCGAGCCCAUGAUCCCGCGGAUAGUCGCAGCCUUCAUAUUCAGCACCCAGGGUAUAGAUAAGGCAGCCGUCACUUUUCACUGACCAGAGCGAAGAUUAGGGUUAGUCUUAAUUUGAAUUAAUAAGCAAAAGGUG